AAAACAAAAAGGAAAAGACUGCAAAGCGUUUAACCUGGUAGGCUAGGCAAUAGCCAAGGCAACCCAACCCACGUGCUCUCUCUCUUUCUUUCUUGAUUCUAUUAGGAAAUCAAGUCAGAAACGGUGUCGUUUUCUCGUAACGUUACAUCGCGCUGCGUGCGGCUGCGGUGGUAAGAGAGAAAGAGAGAGAGAGGGUUGUGAUGCGGAAACUUUGAUCCCAAAUGCACCCGUACAAUCGGCUACCGAGCAGCGGGCACUCGACGCCGUCGCCGCCGCCGUCGCCGCUCCGGUCGCCGAGGCUCCGCCACGGGCGGUCCAAGACUGGGCGGUUCUCUCCAAACCGGGGGGGCGGUCGGACUGCAGCGCAGCGGCUCAGCUGGAUGUUUCUAUCCGUCCUGCUCCGACGACAGGGCGUUUUCCUCUUCGCUCCUCUCAUAUACAUCUCUGGCAUGCUGCUUUACAUGGGAACCGCUUCCUUCGACGUCGUUCCGGUCAUAAAGCACCGUCCCGCGCCCGGCUCUGUUUACCGUAGCCCUCAGCUGUACGCCAAGCUUCACCCCGAAAUGGAUUCUGACAAUUCCUCCGUCGAUGCGAUAUCAACAAUAUGGAAGACUCCCUACAAAGGUGGUGAGUGGAAACCAUGUGUGGACCAAUCUUCUGAAGUCCUACCUGAAUCAAAUGGAUACAUAUACGUGGAGGCUAAUGGUGGCUUAAAUCAGCAGAGGACAUCCGUAUGCAAUGCUGUUGCAGUGGCUGGCUAUCUCAAUGCUACGCUUGUAAUCCCCAACUUUCAUUAUCAUAGCAUAUGGAAAGACCCUAGCAAAUUCAGGGACAUUUAUGAUGAAGAAUUUUUUGUGAAUACCUUGAAAAAUGAUGUGCGGGUGGUUGACAAGAUUCCUGAAUACCUAAUGGAAAGAUUUGGCAGCAACAUGACAAACGUUCACAAUUUCAGGAUCAAGGCCUGGUCAUCUAUUCAGUAUUACAGAGAUGUGGUACUCCCUAAGUUACUUGAAGAGAAGGUUAUAAGGAUUUCACCAUUUGCAAAUAGAUUGUCAUUUGAUGCUCCUCCAGUUGUCCAGCGGCUUAGAUGCUUAGCAAAUUAUGAGGCUUUACGGUUUUCAAGUACCAUAUUGUCCAUAGGUGAAGCUUUGGUUGAAAGAAUGAGAAAACACAGUGCCAUUAAUGGUGGGAAAUAUGUAUCCGUACAUCUUCGUUUUGAAGAGGAUAUGGUUGCUUUCUCUUGUUGUGUUUUCGACGGUGGAAAACAGGAGAGAGAAGACAUGAUUGCAGCUAGAGAGAGAGGUUGGAAAGGGAAAUUUACAAAACCUGGACGAGUUAUACGUCCAGGAGCAAUCAGGAUCAAUGGGAAGUGUCCCCUUACCCCCUUAGAGGUUGGCCUUAUGCUGAGGGGAAUGGGUUUCACGAAGAACACUUCUAUCUUUUUAGCAUCUGGGAAAAUAUAUAAUUCGGAGAAAACUAUGGCCCCGCUACGCGAAAUGUUUCCUAAUUUACAUUCUAAGGAGACCCUGGCUUCUGAAGAGGAGCUUGCUCCCUUUAAGAGUUAUUCUUCCAGGAUGGCUGCUAUAGAUUACACUGUUUGUCUUCACAGUGAGGUGUUUGUCACAACUCAAGGGGGCAACUUCCCUCAUUUUUUGCUGGGUCACAGGAGAUACUUGUAUGGCGGACAUGCUAAGACAAUUAAACCUGAUAAGCGGAAGUUGGCAUUACUGUUUGAUAAUCCCAAUAUAGGAUGGAAAAGUCUUAAGCGACAACUGCUGAGCAUGAGGUCACAUAGUGAUUCGAAGGGAGUUGAACUCAAAAGACCAAAUGAUUCUAUAUACAGCUUUCCGUGCCCAGAUUGUAUGUGCCGUGCCAAUAAAACUGAUGAUUCAAGAUCUUCAUCGGCAACUUGAUAUACUCAGAAUUCGAUGGGUGUUUCCGCAACCUACAAUUUUGUGAGCAUGCCUUGCUGCUGACUGUAUUUCUGAUAUUGUGAUUGUUUCAUUUUUUUCCCCUUACCAUCUGGUGGGAGGGCAGACUCCAUUUUGGUGGGUCAAAGGAUUUUGUUGAACUUGGAUUGAAUUUCAAGGGAGUGGCAUCUUUUUUGUACAUGAUGUCAAUUGAGAAGAGAGAAUGGCAACCUUUCCUUUGAAGGAAUCUCACCCAGAACACUGACAGAGCUGUUUCGUAUAUGAAUGAGCACCUGCUGCUGUAUCGAACAAGUUUUAUAAAGAGCCAGAGGACAAACUCGUGUUCCUUCACACCCUGCCUGUACAUUACCUGGAGUACGAUAUUCAUGUGUCAAGGCUGUAGCAUGCUCUCUGUACAUUUAACUAAAUUCAGGGUGUACCGCCAUACUAUAUUAUUCUCCCGUUUUAGAUUUUUUUUCCCACUUUCUCACUUUGUUCCUGUUUUCAAUUUUGUAUUUUCUUUACCCUCAUAUUGAGGUUCCCAUUGUUAGCUAGUAGGUGUAUGGCUGGUUGUACGCAUUUGUUAUUCUUUUUCAUUGGUGCCCCCAUUGUUUUAGUGAUGAUACCAGUGAAUGUAAUUAGUUCACUAUUCAUA